AUCCAAAUCAUGCAAAAAUUUCUGACAAAAGAAGAUUCAAAUUCGAACUACACCAAAGAAAUUAAUAAAGAAACAAUUGUUCAGUGUUUCACUGAUUUUGCAAUUAGUGCACUUGCUAAUGCAGUGUUUUUAAAUUCAGUUCUACUUUUUGCUCCAAUAAUGAUAAGAGAAAUUGGUUUUGAUUCAGACAGAGUUCAAGCAUUUUCAGCUCCACCAUUUAUUAUUGCUAGCAUUGGUCAAUGA